AUGGAACGGAAUCAUCUAGCGUACAAAGUGUUUGAUCCGGAUCUUGUAGGGAAUUCAUCUCCAGAACGAAUUCGUAACGUGUGCGUUCUAGCGCAUGUCGAUCAUGGCAAAACAACUCUUUCUGAUCAUCUCAUCUCUUCUAAUGGAUUAAUCAGUCAACGCUCAGCUGGGCAGUUACGAUUUCUUGACUCGCGUGAAGAUGAACAACGUCGCUUGAUAACAAUGAAGGCCAGUUGCAUCACACUGAGCUUUAUUCCGGAAGUCGACUCUCAGCCAUACUGGAUCAACCUGAUCGACUCGCCAGGCCACGUCGAUUUUUCUACUGAGGUAUCCGCUGCGACACGUCUGAGUGAUGGAGCCUUAAUCCUUAUUGAUGCCAUUGAAGGAGUAUGCCCUCAGACGCGACAAGUUAUUUUGCGGGCUUUCGCUGAACGAACGAAACUUCUUCUUGUGAUUAACAAGAUGGACCGUCUUUUCACUGAGUUAUGUUUGUCUCCCUCUGAAGUUUAUUCCCACUUAUGUACAAUUUUGGAACAAGUGAACGUGACAACGCAACAACUAUUAGUAGAGGAAGCGAUGCGAUCUUCAGUAACGAAAGCUCCAGAGACGGAUGAAGACAUUAACACUCAGCAUUUUGAAAUUGAUGACGAAGUUGAAGCUGAAGUUCAAUUCAGCCCAGAAAAACGCCAUUCCAAAACUGACAGCAGCAUUGUGGGGAGAUUAUUAUUUGAACCCAAAGACCAAAGUCAUUUCAAGAAAGCCUCCCAGAAGCGCAAGCAAUCCGAUGAUCAUCCAAUUGGUUUUCGAUCAGCUGUGGAAGGUGAGACACUGACGAAGUGGAAUAAUGGAAUACGUCUCUCUGUACUUCAGGUGUACAAUUGUACUGUACACAAUUUCGAUAGAACAAGCGUUAAUAAAAUCCUGCAUGGUUUGAACUUAUCCGGAGCUAUCAGAGAUGCGUCAAGCCUGAAAGACAGCAAUUCAGCAAUCAGAGCUAUAAUGUCCGCAUGGUUGCCAUUGUCAACAAAUCUUCUUAAAGCCAUCGUUGACAAGCUCCCAAGUCCGGUUGAAUCGUCUGAACACAGAUUGGUGCAAUUGCUACCAGGAUUCAAAACCUAUGUUCAAGGAAUUGAUGCGAAGAUUGACAAUUCCUCGACAAGAAAGGAGAACAGCGAGGCAAAUCCUGAGAGGCUUCGCGUCUACGAUUCAUUGAGAAAAUGCGGAACAAACCCGGAUGAUCGCAUCGUCAUUUAUGCUGCGAAGUUCUUGGGAGCCGAUUUGAGGAAUUUAAGGUUAACUGGAGACAAACUGAGUGGGAAUGAGAGGCUCUCGGAUUUUGUGACGAUCUCAAGAGUGUUGAGUGGAACCGUUUCAGUAGGGACUACUCUUUAUGUCUGUGGAACUGAAUUUGUUCAACAACGAUGUUUGUCGUCAUCGAGCGAAGAGUCAACAACUCAAACAUCGACUGUCAUUGUCAGUCGGAUGUUUUAUCUUUUAGGACAGGAUCUGGUCGAAACGAAAAUGGUUCGCGCUGGCGCUGUGGUUGCUCUGUGUCUUCAGAGGCCGUCAGUUGAUGAUGGAUCCACUGAUAGUCAUCAGAUCGAUGACGUACUUGCGUGGGUGAUGUCGCUUAGAGAUCCUCACGCGAAGAGACAAGCUCUCAAUCGUGGUGUAGAACUCCGGACUGAUCGGACUCUUUCAAGCAUCGAUCGAUGUAUCACUCUUUCGGAUUCCCCUUUCUGUCCGCCGUUGAAAACUCCAUACUCUGAAGUGAGCAGUGGUUGGACGAUCCCCGCGUAUCAGAAACCAUUUUCUUGCCAGAUCUCAUCCGCGAUUGUUCGCGUUUGUUUGGAACCAAAAGACCUUCAAGACACGACUGCAAUGCUACGAGGCCUUGCCACGCUCUAUAAAGCAGAUCCUGGAGUCGAAGUAGACGUUCUCGAUAGUGGCGAGGUGACAUUGGGAUGUUCCGGCGAAGUGCAUUUGGACAAAUGUAUCAACGACCUUCAGAACCUUUACGCCCAAGUGGAGAUUAAUGUUUCAGCUCCUGUGGUUGCUGUACGGGAAAGUCUUUCGUUUGCUCAGCCCUCAUUGCCAACGCAAUCAAUCUCUACUGCCGUUCCGUUUCCCCCGUGGGCUUCCGUUGUGUCCGAAAAACUUGGAGGAAUCGAAGAAGAUCCCAACACGGUACACACGUGUGAGGAAUCUGAUGUCCCAAAUCCUGCAUCUGACUCACACUAUGAUGGAGGUUUGAAACAUUCCUUUCCGUCAAUUGGAGCCUCAUUGCAAAUGGAAUCUGACAAAAGCAACGUAGUGGUUGGUGUGACACCGAACAACGUCUACGCAUUUAGAAUGCGAGCUGAACCUUUACCAGGCGCUGUUCUGGAGUGGUUAGAUCAGAAUGCAGCAGAACUGCAAUUGAGACUAAGCCAGCAUGAUCACCAUUUGAAGGACCCAAGCCUCUAUGGAUCUCAAGGAGAUAUGGACUUUGCAGACUUGGAUUCCCUCGAUCAAGAUAUUGCAAAUCUUUGGGAGCAUUCGUGGGACAGCGACCAAGAACCGAGUGUAGAUCAGGAGCAUUCCAUAUCCAGCAAUCGACUUCUUCGGGCCCCCAAGGAUUCGUUGAGCGUGUUCUCUGGCUCAAGGCGCAGUCCUGGACGUCUUCUUGGCGUCGCUGUUUCUCGUGGAAGUCGCAAUCUUUUUUUCUGGUCUGUUGAAUCUGGGCAGAAGCUUCCAGAUGACCAUUUCUCCGAGAUUCCUUCUUCCCUUCGUCGUCUUCUCCCUUCUAUGAUUACUGGAUUUGAGUUGGCCUCUCAAUCUGGUCCAUUCUGUGAAGAACCAGUUGUGGGUGUUGCGUUUUGUAUCGAAGCUUUCACAAAUCAGGGCGGUAUUGUUGAUGGAGGAGCAGUCAAUUCAUCCAUCGGAGACUCUCCAAGUGCAAAAGACGACAAAGCGACAACAGUAGCUAGCCAACCAUACGGUCCCGUCUCUGGGCAGGUCAUCAGCUGCAUCAAGGAUUGCUGUCGUCGUUCUCUAAUGCAACGAGGUCGCGUCCGAAUCUACGAAGCAGUGCAACGUCUUGGUGAGGCUUCCUUUUGCCACGCGCUUGUAUUGUUCCUCUUUGUAGAGCUGCACUGUGAGCAGGAAGUUCUUGGACGCGCUUAUGGCGUUUUGUCAAAGCGACGGGCUCAAAUCGUUUCCGAAGCGCUUCGUGAGGGAACGAGUCUCUUCGCAGUUGAGGCGUUUCUUCCAAUUAUUGAAUCGUUCGGAUUAGCACUCGAAUUAAGGAGUCGAGCAAGCGGUCAAGUUUCAUUGCACGUGCAGUUUUCGCACUGGCAAAUGAUAGAGGAAGAUCCUUUUCCCGAAGCGUUGAUGUCAGAAGAGGUGAGUGAAUUGGAGGAUGAGGGGGAGUCAGGAUUCCUUAGUUUUCCUUCAAAUAUCUCGCGAAAGAUCAUUUAUACAAUUCGCAAACGAAAGGGACUGCCAACUGACGAGAAAGUUGUUGCCACAGCAACAAAGCAACGAACCCUUACGAGAAACAAAUAG